UGAUCACCGGUGGGUUUUUCUAUGUUAAUUCAUGAAUUUUUUUUGUAUAGGGUUUGUCCUCAGGUCGCAGGUGGGCGAGAGGCGGGGCACACCACGCCAGUCAAUCGCAAGGCACAUAUAGACAAAUAAGCACUCAUACACAGUCACACCAAUGGACAGGUUGGUCUUCCAUGAACCUAACGUGCAUUUUUUGGGAAUGUGAGAGCCGAAACCCCACACAAACGCAUCGGAACAUUCAAAUCAUGAAAUGUAAAUGUUCCAAUAAUACUACUUCGGUAAAGAGUUUUAGAUGGGCAAAUGAAGCUUUGUGUGAAGGACUGAACCACUUGGGCCAAUUGUUUCGAAAAUGGGUUCGAUUAUUAAUUUAAUUGCAUCAGUAAUAGGGACCUCUACUGGUGAAAGGCAGGGCUGCAGGGGAUUAGAAACAAAUGCACAAGCGCACUAAGACUGAAUACCGUGUAUUUACAAAUAAAGAAGUGUGUAUUGUGUACCGAGAAAAAAAAGUCAUUGUUUGGGUGUGGGAUGGGAAACACGCAAAGAUUUUGUAUGUUUAAAUUGAGGUACGUUAUUUAUUUUGGGGGGGAUUGAGUCGAUUUCUUUUUUGCUCGGAACAGACUGUGCAAAACAUGUCUUGCUACUGGGAACAGAUGAAAUGAGUAACAAAAAGUCAAGGUUCGUUAAGGGAAUUAAAAACAAAAACAAAAAUCCGAGCGACUGAGCCGAUGCCCCAUUCCAUCCACAUGGGGGCGAUAAUGAGCAUUUGUAAAGGCACCGCUCGCCGACGGAGGUAAACAACGCUCACGUCCGGAAGUCGCCGCCGUCGCCGCCAUUGUAAUCGCUAGACGAGUUGGGAGCUUCUUCAUGUGUUGUUUUGGUUCGCUUUUCACGUUGUCGUAGCGGCGAACAGAUGUCGGACCCUCUGCCGGUGUGGUUCGCGGUGCAGGCGGAGCUCCUGGGCCACGACGAGGAGUUGGACUCGCAGUCGUCCCGGAGCUGUUUCGACUGUUACGACGACGCCACUUUGUUCGAGUUGUUCCACCUCACGCGCGCUUGCGUCGAGUUCGUCGCCGACAUCGUUCGCGUCCGCAUGAAGAAAUUCCUGCUCACCUCUCUCUCCCUGGACGCCAUGAUCAUGGUGACGCUCAACUUCUACGCGCGCGGCUCCCACUCGGCCGCCCUGAUGAAGCGCUUCAACCUGAAGACGGACUGCGAGGACAUCGUGUUCACCGUGUCCGAGGUGGUGGCCGGCAUGUCCGACCAGUUCAUCUCGUUCCCGCAGACGCGCAAGGCCAAGAUCGACAUGGCCCACAUGGUGGAGGACUUCUGCGGCAUCCCGGACGUGCUGGGCCUGCUGGCUCCGGCUCACUUCAAGAUCAGCCAAGGGGAGUUCGAGCUGUGCGUCAACUCGCUGGGCUACGCGUCCGUGGUCAGCCAGAUGAUUUGCGACCUGGACGGGAACAUCCUGAGCGUGGAGCAGUGCUGCGCGGGCGGCACGUGCGAGCAGGACCUGUGGGCCACGUCGUUCAGAGGGCGAGAGAUUGAAGAACAACUCUACGGACAAUACUGGGUGAUAGGAGGGGAAGGCUACGACUUAAGCAAACGUGUCCUGACCCCCGUGUCCGAACCCAAAGACGAAGCGCAGAGGAACUUCAACGCGGCCCACGCCAAGAUCCACGAGGUGACGCGGCACACGCUGCGCUCCCUGAAAUGGCGUUUCAGAUGCUUGACUCAUCUCGGCUUCGCGCAGCACAAGCUGACCAACGUCAUAAAGGCCUGCUGCGUCUUGCACAACAUAGCCAAGAAGUUCUCGGUCUCCCUGCCAUACGGGGAGGAGAUGUUUGUCGACACCCAGCCGAGCAACCCGCGCACGGGCUCGGCGGAGAUCUGCCCGAACGCCCUGAAAGCCAGACAGGAACUCAUCGAUUAUCACUUCACUGUUAUUCCUACUCAGGAGGAACCAGAAUGAAAGUGACAAUGUUUGUUUUUUUCCACACAGGAAGUAUCCAAAAGGAUUUCAGGCAUAGCCGUACACUCACCGGACAAUUCAUUAGGUACAUCAAAAUCCAAUUUUUUACGAAUACAUCUCAUCAUAAAGAUGAAAUUAUUGCAUUGGAACUCAGGUUGAUGCAAGCCAGAUCAAUCAAGCGCUUUGGUAUAUCAUUAUGAUCUAUCCUUAAAUAUAUUUAAUCUUUUUUUGUUUCCAAAAGUUCCUAUUAUUGUCAAUAGAAUAUUUUUUUAAACAAGUC